UCAACUGAAUUCAUUACUGCAAUCCCUCCCAUAAGCUCCAAAGAAAAGCGUCGUUCUGUACUCUUGAAACAAACAUCAUCAGAUAUAAGUCAUUAUGUAUGAGGAAUCAGACUUUAGUCAAGAAGUCGUCUAACAUCUCCGUUUGGGCGUGAGAAGUAGCGGGAGUCAAAUGCGCUUUGGUAAUUUGGUAAGCGGAGCGCGGAACCCGAGAGCGCAUCAGCCGAACUGAAGCAGCGGCGCUCGGGCACAUCAUGUUGCGCAGACGCUUGAAAUCCUCUCCUGGAUCAAACGCUCAGCAUAAUGUUGCUUUCUAGACCAUCCGGACUGCAGGAUCGACGGGCUGACCCUCCUCAGUCGGAGGGUGGACAUACAUGGCUGUGGGAUCAUUCUUUAGUUUAAUUGGAAAAUUUUAACUCCAAUAAUAACAACCAUCGGAGGGACGCUGGAAGAGUUUAUAUGGUGCCUGCAUUGGACGAAUCCUCUUUUAAAAAGGUAAGUGGAUCAAAAUGCUACUGAGGGAAACUGUGCCUUUCAGGGAGCGUCCACCUGCGCUGGGAGAGGAGAUUUUCUCCUAUGAACCCUCUUUACUUGCUGCCUUGGCCCACACACUUUGAAAUCGUCCCUCCCUGACCUCAUGAGUGACAAUGUGAUGAGCUCCGAUAUCAUUUCCAGCCCAAGCGAGGAUGGAUGGAUGAAAGGGAGUUGUACGAGUUAAUGAGACUAUUGCUCUUCUGUUGGGGAGCUUAGUACAGGCAAUUACUGGAGGAUUACUCACUGACUUCAACACAUCAUACUCAGCACAACGCAAGCUUCAAGAUCCGUAGAGAAUUCCAGCAUAGUGGAUUUUAUUUGAUUUUUUCUUCCUUUCUUUUCAAUUACGUGCAGUGUUGUCGUCCAAAGUUUUACAAAAUGGAGGUACAGAUCCGAAUCUGGAAUAAAGACUUUCCCGCUUUGAUCAGCCCGUGGAUACCAAUACUGCUAGGUCUUCACAUGCAUUUCUCACGGGCCACGAGCUGUCCAGAGGAGUGUCGAUGUGACAGGACCUUUGUUUACUGUAACGAGAGGAGUCUAACAUCAGUGCCUCUAGGGCUAGGAGAGGGUUAUAAGACCCUUUACCUCCACAACAAUCAAAUCAACAAUGCUGGAUUUCCCCUGGAAAUGCACAACGUUGCCUCAGUGGAGACUGUGUAUCUCUAUGGCAACCAGCUUGACGAAUUUCCUGUCAAUCUGCCCAAAAACGUGCGGGUGCUCCACCUGCAGGAGAAUAACAUACAGACGGUGUCCCGGGCUGCCCUCGCACAGCUGCUACGCCUGGAGGAGCUCUAUCUGGACGACAACUCCAUCUCCACCGUGGGUGUCGAGGAGGGGGCCUUCAGAGAGGCCGUCAGCCUUAAAACCCUUUUCCUUACCAAGAACCACCUGAGCAGCGUACCCGUCGGGCUCCCGGAGGAACUCAGAGAGUUGCGGCUGGACGAGAACCGCAUAGCGCUCAUAGCCGAGGACGCCUUCGAGAACGUGACAGGCCUGGAAGUUCUCCUCCUUGACGGAAAUCUGCUCACAGACGAGGGCAUCGACCCGGGGGCUUUUCAGAGCUUGGUUAAUCUUAAAACCUUGUCAAUGGCACGUAACUCGCUCAUGUUUCCUCCACCGUAUCUACCGGCCGAGUUUUUAAUCAAGCUGAACUUGCAAGAUAAUCAAAUGAAUGAGAUUCCUGUGACGGCCUUUCGCGGCCUGCAUCGCUUGGAGAGACUGGAUAUUUCCAACAACCAGCUGCAGUCCCUCACACAGGGCGUCUUUGACGGGCUCCGCAGCCUGAGACAGCUCACUGUUCGAAACAACCUUUGGCUCUGUGACUGCAGCAUUAAAUGGGUCAUACUGUGGUUAAAGUCGCUGCCAGCUACCCUCAAUGUCCGUGGAUUCAUGUGCCAGAAACCAGAGAGGGUACGUGGCAUGGUAAUCAGAGAGCUGACCCUGGAGCUCAUCCAGUGUCCUAACAGCACAGCCACAGUCCCACGAUUCACACAACAGCCCACGCUGCUCUCUUCAUCCACCGCUGAGUCAGCCACUCAAACGGCCUUCACACCCCCUCGCUCUCUGCCCACACCCACCCCUCCACCUUUUGCACUUCCCCUACCGACCGCGGACGGGGAACCGAGCACAAAUGUCCCUGAUAGCCCGAUACAGGAAACUUUACGUGUUUCUUUCAUUGUGUUAAAUGCUUCGUGCAUUCAGGUGAGCUGGGUAUCGUCGUUUACCGUCACGGCCUAUAAGGUUACCUGGGUCAAACUGGGUCACAGUUUGAUCACCGGCCCCAUGCAGGAGACUAUGGUAGUGGGCGACCUUGAAGGAAUCUUGCUGACGAACCUGCAGCCCAAAUCACCCUACCGCAUUUGCGUGGAUCCUCUAGAUGCUUUCAACAAUUACCACCCAGGAGAUGAUACAAUUUGCUCAGAGGUGACGACAAAGUCUGCUUCUUUUAAUUCGGAUGACAACACCACUGAGCCCGAGCAAGCCACACAGCAGGACCCCAGCUCCCCUUUCCUACUGGCUGGCCUGAUUGGUGGGGCGGUGCUAGUGGUCCUGGUGGUAAUGUUAAGCAUAUUUUGCUGGCACAUGCACAAAAAGGGAAGGUCAGACUCGUCCAAAUGGAAAUAUAGCCGAGGCAGAAGAAAAGACGAUUAUUGCGAAGCAGGGACCAAGAAAGAUAACUCCAUUCUGGAGAUGACUGAGACUAGCUUUCAGAUAGUUUCUUUAAAUAACGAACAGCUUCUUAAGGGGGACUUCCGUAUUCAGCCGAUUUACACCCCUAAUGGCGGUGUCGGAUUCAGAGACUCCCAAAGGAGUAACGAUAGCACAACGUACUGUAAGAACAGUGUCCCAGAGUCUGAUCCGUGCCAUAAAUGAUAAUUUUCAACAGAUAACAUCCUUUAUAUUUAGAUCAGACUUGAACACACUGUAUAGGAUAUAUUUCAAAACACUGUACAAUAUGUAAUUUAUAUUCUGAACAAUGAUAUCGCCUUCUUUUUGUAUAACUUAGUAAACACUAAAUGAUUUGUAAAGUAUUACUUUCUCAUGUUGUGUUACUAUAGCGAAAGAAACCCAAGCUCAUAAAGGCAAAUGUAGAGUCUGUUAAUCUCAACGAACCGAAGCGCACAACGAGUUUAACUUUGUUAAACACAAAUCAGCAAGAAGUGCCACGUGUUUUUAAACAUUUAAGUUAAAAGGGAAGAAAAGUAGAAUGUGUGUAGGUUUUAUAGAGAUGGAUGAUAGCCUACUGAGCAGCGUGCCGUGUUGUUUUUAUAUUUCCCCACGUCCUUUCUCGAUAACACCACAAGGUGGUGUCUAUUCCCAUCACCGGUAUAUUAUGAAGCAGCCUCAAACUCAUAAUUCUACAAUUUAACUUAACGUGUCUCCUUUACAAAACAUCCAAAACAAACCCUGUCUGGCACAGGACUGCAAUAACGUAAUGCUGAGCCUGUAGCCCUUUUUCACAAACACAUAAAAUCUCCUUAUGGCUGUCUUACACUGCAGCAGUUCUGGUCUGAUGGGCAAAAUAUCUUCACGAUAACCAGCCUGUAUUUCAUGCAAAAUGCAUUGUUUGUGUUGCACACAAGACUGAUGAGAAACAGAAACGUCAUUUACAAACAAACCAUCUUCUGCACCAUUUUCCUCAAUUGCUUGUUUACUGCAUUAACUGUAGUUAGAAGAACGCCUUUGUAUUUACAAACAGCCAAAACACAAGUGCUUGUUACAGGUCCAUUUAAAUCACCUGAUUAUAGGGCUCUGUUCUUUGUUUAAACAUUUCAACCUAUUUUACUGCCAAGAGAGGUUUACUAAACGAUACAGUGGAGUCCAAAAGUCUGAGACCAGCAGGAAAUAAAUGCUUUUGUUUUGCACAUUUUUUCUUAUUUAGUACAACGUUUGCAUUACACAUUAUAAUAUGUUCAUAAAAAUGUGAGGAAAAUUAUUAAUGUAAAAUGGUCGAUGGUAAAAAAAAGGGCAAUGUAACAAUGCUGUGAAUGGUAGAAUUGAUUUUACAUUUCAGUAUCUGGGGGUAUCUUGUUGCCCCUUGCUCCUUUAUUGAGAACACAUACUGGCAUAGAUUCAAGUUUGCAAAACCUGAUGAUUCAAGUGCUUCAGUGGAAGUAAAGAAAUCUGACAUCAUCCCAAAAUUUGAAAUUUAUUUUGAAAUACACUGUAGUGCAGAAUUACAUUAUUUCCAUUGUAUUUUAUAUCAUAUUUUUGUUCUA